UCUGCAACAUGAAGGCGUUCUGCUUCACUUUAACGAUUCUCUGUGUCGUCCAGAGUAUUCUGGCGUACCCGAGACCAGACUUCGCCAUUAAUGGAGCAGUGUCGGGUUCGGCUACAGUUAAGUCAACUUCGACUGAACUGGGCCAGGCUGCCACCGCCACAGGUACCGCCACAUUCACAUUAACUUCCGGUUAUACGAAGCUUACGACGGUCAGUAACGCCCUGCAAGCCGUUGGUGAUGCUGUUGUCGCCGCCGGUACUGCGGUUGCGACGGCAUUGAACGAUCUAGCCGGCGAUGCUUCCGGUCAAACCGCGACUGUGUUCGGUACGGUUAAUACCAAAAUCGAUGCCUUCACCGCAUUACUGAAUUCGCCAAUUUCUGGUAAUUUGGCUACGUUGACUACCAAUACUGGACCGGACAUUCCGAAACAGUUCCAAGAUGCGUUCACUGCCACGAAAUCCUCACUGUCUGCCCUCAAAUCGGCACUUGCUACGCUCAAGUCGAACGUCGAAGCUGCGAAAACUGCCGCCGGUUCGGGAGCAGUGUCAGCCGCCAUCAUCCGGGCGAAGGUGCCAGCAAAAUCUGUCAACGACGUGAUAACGGCAAUCCGCAACCUGAAAUCAAAUAUGCCGCUCAUCCAGUACGUCAUCGAGAGCUCGCUGGACAACCUUCGGCUGGUAGACUCGUUCAUUAAGGAGUUAAACACAGAGAUCUCCAAUACUGUGACGGGCAGAUACAAGACUUCAUACCAAGCCUUCCAGGCGAACCUCGACACUGAAGCGACAAACAUUAACUCGAAAUUAAGUAGCGGUGUCGGAAGUCCCGUCUCAUCGAUUAUUUCAACCAUCAAGACGGACUUGGAUGCAAACGCCAAAUACACUUCCGAUCUGGCUACACCAAUUGGCAAUCUGGCUACUGCUGUUCUGACUACAGUAUCGAAUAAAGCCACUGCCAUAACUGGGUUCUUCACCAGCUACUCCACUGCUGUACCGGCCAUCUUCUCAGAUCUGGCAACAACCCUCGGUACAAGCCUCCUCGGUGCGAUCAGAUCCGUAACGGAUGCGCAGAUUGCCAACGGUGGUUACUCCGACUUCUGCUUCAGCAAGUACUCGCCACAAGUGUUCGCCCAGGUAGCGCUGACCAUCGAUGCAUUUGAUGUGUGCUACGAGGUGGAGGUGAAUCGCCUGAUCAACUUUGAAUCGUCCGUCCAAAAUAUUGCCGUACAGAUUUCCUACAACACUGCCGACCUUCUGGACAACCUGAGUGCCUGUCUGGCACUGCCCACCACUGACACCAAAGGUGCCUGCUUCACGGCGCUCGCUCCGUACUACACCGCCAUUGCUACGAAGGCCGACUCCCUUCUUACGUCGCUUAGCAAUCUGGUUGCAGCAGAAGUGACAGCCAGCCAAAAACGCCUCGGUGCCUGUCUGAACACAGCGAUCUCGACGACUGCUCUGGUCUGUGCCGGUAUUAAGUCGAAUACCGUUUCAUGCAUGUCGACUGGUCCUGUUCCGUAGAACUCCUAUCUUUUUGCCAAACAUUACAAGCGAUGGUUCAAUCAAUGAAAAUAUAGUUGAAAGAUGACGUGCACCCAAACCUGUAUCGUUUCAAUGCGUCGUGAGCGCGUGUUAUU